UUUCCCUUCACUUCCUUACUCUCUCUCCUUCCCUGUCCUUCUCUCGCUCCCCCUCUCACUCGCGUAUUUCUAGAAAACAUGAAGGGAAAAGAAGGGAAGAUUCCGGCGAGGACGAAAGUCAAGUGAAAGUUUUAAGAAGCUUUCGAAGGUCUGGUAGGAAGGGCAACUUUGGAGAGCGGAUGGACGGGAGGAAGGAAAAGACCAAUUCAGCUGUAUGGCAUGAUAAACGGAUAAACAUAAACACUGCUUGAAAUCAUAAACUCCAAUCAACUGCGCAGCGCCAUUCGCCACUCGUCGCCCCCUGUGCCCUGAAUGUGUGACUUUGAACUGGGUGAUUUUUGCAAGCUUUUUUUCUGUUGCCUCUGGCCUGAACAGAAGAGACAGGGCGUUUGACAAUUCCGAACUCUCCCCGGAAAAAAUCUUAAAAUUAAGGAGUAGGGUGCCGAACAGGGCAAGACGCCGAAAUGGCUGGGGCGAAGCCGGGAGUUCACGCUCUGCAACUCAAACCGGUGUCCGUCCAUGAAACACUGAAACGGGGAAGCAAAUUUAUCAAAUGGGAUGAGGAACCCAGCACCGGCCAGCCCUCGCUCAUCACCCUCAAGGUGGACCCAGAGGGAUUCUUCCUGUACUGGACGGGCGGUGCGACCCUGGAGGUGGAAGUCUUGGAUAUCAGCCAUAUCAGGGACACCAGAACAGGGAAAUAUGCCAAGUUACCAAAGAGCCCCACCGUGCGGGACGUUCUCGGUUUUGGCAAGAACGAGGGCAACGUGGAGGCCAAGCUGGUGACUGUCGUCCAUGGCAACGACCUCGUCAACGUCUCCUUCCUCAACUUCCAGGCCAUGCAGGAGGAUGUGGCCAAGGUUUGGACAGAAGAGUUGUUUAAACUCUCCACCAACAUACUCUCCCAGAACUCCUCGCGAAACACCUUUUUGUUGAAGGCAUACACUAAGUUAAAGUUACAGGUGUCUUCAGAUGGGAAAAUCCCAGUAAAGAAUUUCAAGAGAGACUUAAGUUGAGGGUCUCAUUUACCCUGAUGACUGACUCUUUCUCUCUCUCUCUCUCUCUUCUCUUUCUCGUAGUCUCAAGUGGAGGGGAUCAAGCCAGAUGACUUAACGCGGGAAAUGUUCCUGAACUUCCUCAACUUCCUCUGCCUGAGGCCUGAGAUUGAGCGCAUCUUUGUGGAUACAGGUUCAAAAGGGAAGCCUUUCCUGUCUCUGGACCAGAUGCUGGACUUCAUGAACCGUAAGCAGCGCGACUCACGUCUAAACGAGGUCCUGUAUCCACCUCUCAAACGCGAGCAGGUGCGGCAGAUCAUGGAGAAGUACGAGCCCAACACCAGCCAGCUGGACAGAGAUCAGAUCUCUCUGUUGGGCUUCAGUAGAUACCUGGGGGGAGAGGAGAACUCCGUGGUUCCUCCAGAGAGGCUGGACGUCAUUGACGACAUGACCCAGUCGCUGUCCCACUACUUCAUCAACUCCUCGCACAACACCUACCUCACAGUGGGCCAGCUGACGGGGCUGUCCUCGGUGGAGAUGUACAGGCAGGUGUUGCUGACAGGCUGCCGCUGUGUGGAGCUGGACUGUUGGAAGGGCCGCCUCCCCGACGAGGAGCCCUACAUCACCCACGGCUUCACCAUGACCACCGAGAUCCCAUUUAAGGAAGUGAUUGAGGCAAUUGCAGAGAGUGCGUUCAAGACCUCGCCAUAUCCCCUGAUCCUCUCCUUUGAAAACCACGUGGACUCUGCGAAGCAGCAAGCCAAGAUGGCAGAGUAUUGCCGCACCAUCUUUGGCGAUGCGCUCCUCAUCGACCCGCUGGAGAAAUACCCGCUGGUCCCAGGUCAUCCACUGCCGUCCCCCCAGGAGCUGAUGGGGAAGAUCCUGAUCAAGAACAAGAAGAAGCACCACCACCGCACGGCCAACGGGGGCAGCGUCAGGCGCAGGAACACUGACGGAGGGGACAUCUCAGACCAGGCCUCGCCUAUCAAUGACUGUCCUUUGUCUGAUGGAGAGAGCAACCACAUUAUGUCCAAUGGAGAGGAGAAGCUGGCAGAGCGGAUGGUCAAAGACAGCGAACCCCGCAAAUCCAUUGACGUGGAGAGUGAGGAAGAUGAGGAGGAAGAGCCAGUGGCAGAUCCCAAGAAACCAAACUCAGACGAGGGCACGGCCAGCAGUGAGGUCAAUGCCACCGAGGAGAUGUCCACACUGGUCAACUACAUCGAGCCAGUCAAGUUCAAGUCCUUUGAAGUAGCAGGCAAGAGAAAUAAAUACUAUGAGAUGUCCUCUUUCGUGGAGACAAAAGGCAUGGACACACUGAAGAGCUCUCCUGUGGAAUUUGUAGAAUAUAAUAAGAAGCAGCUGAGUCGUAUCUACCCUAAGGGCACGAGGGUGGACUCCAGUAACUACAUGCCCCACCUCUUCUGGAACGUGGGCUGCCAGAUGGUGGCGCUCAACUUCCAGACCCUCGACCUGCCCAUGCAGCUGAACAUGGGUGUGUUUGAGUACAAUGGGGGCUGUGGCUACUUGCUGAAGCCAGAGUUUAUGCGGCGUACAGACAAGCACUUUGACCCUUUCACUGAAAACAUUGUGGAUGGCAUCGUCGCCAACACCGUCAAAAUCACGAUUAUCUCGGGCCAGUUUCUGAACGAGAGGAAGGUGGGUGUGUAUGUGGAGGUGGACAUGUUUGGCCUGCCCUCUGACACCAAGAGGAAGUUCCGCACACGCACCUCCAACAACAACUCAUUGGACCCUGUAUGGACUGAAGAGAGCUUUGUCUUCAAUAAGGUGAUCCUGCCUAAUCUCGCCUCGCUGCGGGUGGCCGUGUUUGAGGAGAACGGGAAGUUCAUCGGGCACCGCAUCCUGCCGGUGCUGGCGCUGCGCCCAGGUUACCACUACAUCAGCUUGAAGAAUGAGCUGAACCAGCCUCUCCUGCUGUCCUCUCUGUUUGUGUACAUUGAGGCUCAGGACUACAUUCCCAAUGAGCACCAAGAGUAUGCUGAAGCCCUGACUAACCCCAUCAAGCACGUCUCUCUGCUGGACCAGAGGGAUCGGCAGCUGGCUGUGCUAAUGGAGGAUGAGCACACCUCAGAGAAACAGGAGCAGGAGCGGUUUGACCUUCGACCUUUAGACCCUAACCCCAUGCCCGUACUCCCACUCCUGCCUGAGCUCCAGGACGUCCAAAUCCCCGGGGCAGUCGUAGGCCAGAAAGAGUCAUCACAGUCCCUCAUCGACACUGUGCUAGCAGUAAUUAAGGCCCAGUCUAUAGAUGAAUUGAAACUACAGAAGUCUUAUGUGAAGCUGCUAAGGAAACAGUGCAAGGAGCUCAAGGAGAUGCGCAAGAAACACCUCCGGAAGGUGUGGUCUGUGAGUAAAGAACAGAAGAGUCGGUGUAACAAGGUGACCUCGGACAUUCAGAGACGUCGCAGUCAAGUAGAAAAGAAGCUAAGACUCAGCAUCAAAAAGAAUGAGCCGGAGGAGCCGGUGCGGUCGGAGCUGUGUGAGCUGGAGGUGGAGCAGGCCAAGGCCACGGUGCAGCUGAGGGAGUGGCAGAUGCAGGAGCUGCUCAUGCUCCGACAGGGCCAGCACCAGCUGGAGAGAGAGAAGAAGUACACACACCUCAGAGAGGCUUAUUCGAAGCUAAAAGAAAUUGCGAUUGAUUGCCAAGUUGCACAGGUGAAGAAACUCAAAGAGAUCUGUGAAAAAGAGAAGAAGGAGCUUCAGAAGAUUCAGGACAGGAAGAGACAGAACAGCAUCAUAGAGGCCAAGAAAGGAGACAGAGAGAAGGCAGAGUCGGAGUUGAACGAGAUCAAUAGGAAACACAUCACAGAGUCUGUCAACUUGAUCCGGCGACUGGAGGAACAGCAGACCAAGCGUAAGGACAAGCUCAUGUUGGCUCAGGUGGAGGUAUUGAAGAGCAUCGACGCUGAUCAACCAGUGCACCAGGCUAGGCUGGAGCGGGACCUGGAGGCCGAGCUGCAGCGGCUGCCAGACGAGAUCUGCCAGUACCUGCAGGGGGAGCUGGAGAGCAAGGGCCUGUGCAGCGACGCCCUCUUCAGCCCGUUGGCCAAUCACAGCAGCCCGAGCUCCAACUGCAGCACGCCCCCUUACCCCUCGCCCAAUCACAGAGGGAGCCGCAGCCUGGGCAAUAGCACCGCCUCCUUGGCAGACUCCUCCCACUCCAACACGCCAGUCAUGUCAGAGGCGGAGCUUACAUCUAUAUAAAUAGGCAUUAAUCAUGUUUUUUAUUUUUGAAAAAAAGAAUCUCUUGGAUUUUAAACAUCCCUCUCUCACUGGAUCUUGAUAUACUUAUAGUAUUACUAAACGUGGUGUAAUUAUUUCUUUUCAUUUUUAAGGUUCAGUUUUUUAAUGUAUGUUAUUUUACAAGGUUAAUUUGUUCUUUCUUUGUUUCACUUCAUCUUGCCUUGCUUCAGUCCAUUAGCUUAAGAAUUCUCCUACCAAAGCUUUUUUUUAUUAUUAUUAUUAUUUGACCUCAGUGAAUGGAGGCAAAUCCACUGUCUGUCAACAUUAGCACCUGUUAGCUUAGCUCUAUUAUCUGUCUGUGAGAGCACUCCAGGUGCAUUUUUCAUUCUCUCCUGUGGAUAUGUGGUAUGGAGCAAGCGAUGGCCGAGAGGUUUUCUUUUUAAAUUAUUUAUUUUAUAUGGCAUGUUUUGUGAAUGGAGGUGCUUAGACUGUACUGCUUGUGAGUGUCCACCAGAUGGCGGUGGCGUCUCAGUCUCCUGAGCUCCUCGCCGAGCAGUACAGAGAGAGGUUGGUUGUGUGUGUGUGUGUGUGUGUGUUUGUGACAUUACCGUGGCGAGGUGCUUGUUUACAUAUAGAGUGCAGUGAAGCUACCCACUCAAGACCAGUGCAGACUCCUGGACAGUGUCCUUUGGGACAGUGAGCCCAAAGCCACCAGGUCACUGCAUGCAUGACCUUGUAGUUUUAACUGGAUGAGCAAAAUCUCAAAGUGAACUCCCAAAUGCAAACACAUAUAUACAGUAGGCACACACACAGAAUCUCAAAGUGAACUCCCAAAUGCGAACACAUAUAUACCGUAGGCACACACACACAUUACACCAAGGAAGUGGGCAUAAACACUCAUACAUUUUAAUUCACACACGUACGUAAACAUGCAAACUGUACAAACACACAUGUACACACAGUCAAAAGCAGUCAUGAGUAUCUGUUGCUGGAUAGCCACUGGAUAAGACUACAGUGUUGAAAUCCUUCCAUCCUUUGCUGUUCCUUCCCACACCACACACACACACACACACACACACACACACUCCCCCCACACACACACUCCCCCACACACACACGCUCCCACAUUCUUCUUAUAGUUUUCAGUUUCUUUUUAAUCAUUUCGUCCACCUUGCUCUUGUUAAUCUUCCAUGUUGUUUCUCUGCCUUCCUCUGCAUUCCCACCCUCCUUCUCUCCCAUAUGUAAGUGGGCUUUUAUUGUAAUCCAAUGUAAGUCCAUGAGCAAUUCGUGUGUGUGUGUGUGUGUGU